AUGAUGGAACGCAUAGGGAGCGUGCGCGAAGUUGACAGCGGACGGAAGAAUAUUUGAAGGGGACAGGAAGCUCCAACCAAACAUCACAUACAAAUCUGACAGAAUGAGUAGCUUCAUCAGCUACUGGAUAUGAUUGGUGUUUGAGUUUUCACAGGGUAUUGGAGGGGGAAGCUUUGCAGUUGGGAAAUUACAUCAAUCACCUCAUCAGGAUCUGAUGGUGUCACACAAUUUAUUCUAACUUGACGAUCAUCAAUUUUGAACAUGCAAGGUAAAAGCACCAAUUACUGUGGGGAGAAAACAUGCAUAUGUUCUGCGUUUGGAGCAGGAUUCAGACAAUCAUCUGGACUCACAGAACAUAAAUGCAGUCACAUUGGAGAAAAACCAUGGAAAUGUGGAGACUGUGAGAAAAAUUUCAAAUCCCCCUCUGAUCUGGAAAGACAUCGGCGAAGUCACACUGGGGAGAGACCAUUCCCCUGUUCCAAAUGUGGAAAGGGAUUCAUUCAGUUAUCCCACCUUCUGAAACACCAGCAAAUUCAUACUGGGGAAGUGGCACUUGAAUGUCCAAACUGUGGGAAAUGUUUUACACGUUCCAAGGAACUAAUGUCUCAUCAACGUGUUCACACUGACCAGAGACCAUUCAAGUGCUCUCACUGUGGGACUGCGUUCAGAUACCCCUCUCGACUCAUUGUACACCAGAGAGUGCAUACUGGAGAGAGACCAUACGUCUGCUCCGAGUGUGGGAAGGGGUUCACUCGAUCAUCUAGCUUACUUACACACAAGCGAGCUCACACUGUGGAUGUACGUUUUAAAUGCCCAGACUGUCAGAAUUGCUUUGAAAGUUCCAGAGAGCUGAUGUCCCAUCAAUGUGUUCACACUGAGGAGAGACUGUUCAGAUGCUCUCAGUGUGGGAGCGGCUUCAGGCACUCAUCUCGACUCAUUGUACACCAGCAAAUUCACACUGGCGAGAGACCGUUCACCUGCUCUGAGUGUGGGAAGGGAUUCAGUCAGUCACGUUAUCUGUUGAGACACCAGCGAAUUCACACUGAGGAUAGACCAUUCUCCUGCUCUGAGUGUGAGAUGAGAUUCACUGAUUCAUCUGCUCUACUGAGACACCAGCAAGUUCACACUGGGGAAAGACCAUUCACCUGCUCUGAGUGUGGGAAAGGAUUCAUUUUGUCAUCCCACCUGUUAAUACACCAGCGAGUUCACACUGGAGAGAGACCUUUCAAAUGCCCAGUCUGUGGGAAGUGCUAUAAAACUUCCUGGGAAUUGAUGACCCAUCAACGAAUUCACACUGGUGAGAGACCAUUCAGGUGCUCUCAUUGUGGGACUGGGUUCAAGCGAUCAUCUCAACUCACUGUCCACCAGCGAGUUCAUACUGGGGAGAAGCCAUUCACCUGUUCUGAGUGUGGGAAAGGAUUUGCUCACUCAUCUAAUCUGAUGAGACACCAACGAGUUCACAACACAUUAAAAGCGGAAGAUUUGCAGACAGGAAACUCAGAAACACAUCUCAUUCGGGGACCACUCGAUUCAUCACUUUCGAAUAUCAUCGACCUUUUGUGUAGAAGUUUCAGGAAUUUAGAAUGAGAGGAUUGACAGUCACAAAUCUCCAAACCAAGCAUUCCAACCCAGUAUCUGACGGAAUCAGGAAGCAUAUUGAGAUGUGAACAUCAUUGGGUUUUGAACGUGGCAGGAAAGAGCACUGUUCACAGUGGAGAGAAACUGUACGCAUUCCAUGGGGAAAAAGCUCCAGCCAAUCCUCUGACCUCUCAGGCACUAAAAUGAAGAAGCCGUGGAAAUGUAAGGACUGUGGGAAGGGAUUCACUUCCCCAUCGAAGCUGGAAAUUCAUCAGCGCAGUCACACUGGGGAGAGGCCAUUCACCUGCUCCAAGUGUAGGAAGGGAUUUACCCAGUUACCUCACCUACUGACACAUCAGCGAAUUCACACUGGGGAGAGACCUUUUAAAUGCUCCCAUUGUUGGAAAGGAUUCACUCAAUUAGGUCAUCUACUGACACACCAGCGAGUUCACACAGAUGAGAAACCGUUCAUCUGCAGUGAGUGUGGAAAGAAUUUCAGGCAUUCUGACAGUCUGAUUACACACCAGCGAGUUCACACUGGAGAGAGGCCAUUCUCUUGCUCUGACUGUGAAAAGGGUUUCAGUCAGUUAGGUACCCUGCUGACACACCAACGAGUCCACACUGGGGAGAGGCCAUUCAUCUGCUCCAUGUGUUGGAAGGGAUUCACUACUUCAUCCCACCUGCGGAGACACCAGCGAGCUCACCAGUGACACUCAGCACUGGAUUCUGCUGUUGAUAGGAGGGUAAGAUACCACAUGGAAUUGCUCACCAUGAAGAUACAAGAUGCACAAAAUACUUACAACUGUCAAAUCCUGCAAACAUGCCAAGACCUAUCAAGAAGUGUUUCUAUCAAUGAGAGCACGUUCCUCAACAGUAUGCCACCUGCAAUGUUGAACCUUGAUGUAUAUGCAGAAAGAAACUGCACCAAUGCUGAUUUCCAGAAGACUCCACGACAAAUAUUCUUCCACCUGUAAAACAUCAAUUUUUGACUUCUUCCUGUCAUUCGGUCACUUCUAUAUUUAUGUUGUUGCUGUCUCUUUUGUUUCAGGAAUUCUGACCUUGUUCACAAGUCUGUUGUGUGGCACUGUCUCAUGCUUUUUGGAAGUUGGUAUGUGCUACAUUAGCACUCACUGCAACACUUUCUGUUGGCUCUUCAAAGCGCUCAAGCAAAUUAGAUGAAAUUGAUUUUGCCGAAAUAAAUUCCCUUAAUUAAACUGCAAUUGUCCAUGCGGGUGUUAAUAAUGUUUGGAAUUAUUGUGUGUUUCUAAAAGUUUCUCAACCCAAGUGAACCUGACUGGCUUGUAGCAGCGAGGGUAAUCUUUGCACUAUUAUUUCACAACUAAGGCAUAGUGUUUUUCAAUCCUUCAAUCCUCCAACACCACCCUGAAAUUAAAGAACAUUGAUAUAUUAUGACAAACAUAAUGUGCAAUUUCAGCUCCCCCUUUCCUCAGUUGGGCUGCAUCUCAACCAGUCAACGCCUUAUUAAAGGAUGGACAACCUAUCCAAUACCUCCUAAUAAUAAAUGAUAAA